CCUCAGAGAGGGGACAUUCCUUCCCCCACCCCGCGAAAACAGCCACAUGGUCUCUCCCGGAAGUUGUCUUACCCAAUCCGCUUCUUGCCCCGGAAAUGUAAGGGUCCGAAGGAAGGAACCGCAGCUUUUGGAGGACGAAGUGUCCUGACACAGGGACCGAAGGCGCCGCGAAGAUGGGCCGCCACUUCGGGAACCUGAUCCGGGUGAGGCACAUCAUUUCCUACAGCCUGUCCCCGUUCGAGCAGAAAGCCUUCCCCAGCUACUUCACGAAGGGCAUCCCGAAUGUGUUACGCAGGACGCAGGACUCCAUUCUGCGGGUCGCCCCCCCAUUUAUAGGCUUUUACUUCCUCUAUACCUGGGGAACCCAGGAAUUUGAGAAGUCAAAGAGGAAGAAGCCAACCGACUUUGAAGAAGAAAAAUAAGCUAUUCAGAGGGAAAUGCAACAAUGUUGGUUACCUGGUGGUCAGCUCUGUGAUAUAGAAGAAGAGUGUAUAAAGAUAGUUUAAAGAUGUAAUAAAUUUCAUAUUUCACAAA